CAACAGAACUUGUCAUCGCCUUGAAGCAGUUCAAACGUCAAAAUGCAUUGUAGACGCUGAAAAAACUUGCGUGUGUCCAGAUAAUCCCAACUUCAAAUGUGCCAGAGAAAUCCACGGUUCAAUGAGCCAAGAAAUGAUUAAUUUGAACAUACUGUCGGCCAACAGAGAUAAUACGGAUGUUAGGAUACAAUCUUCAUACAUUCCAAUUGACAAAAACUUCAAAAUUUUGAGGGCCGGUCAUCACCAGGGAGAUCGUAACAUCUUCGAUGGCCGAUACUGUGGAUUCCAGUGCUGUGCCAUGGCUCUGGCAAUAAUUCUGAGAUCGUCCAUUCUGCCCAUUUCUGAUUGGACCUCAGACGUCGUCACUCAGAGUAUGUUGGCUGCCCAUCGUUUUUAUGCUAUGGUGCUGUACUUGCAAUACGUCUUCCAGAAUCCUGAGCUGCUUGAAAGAGCUCAAGACAUAUUUUGCUACGAUCUCCCGGGACGAUAUUUACGGGUUCAAGACUUUGAUGUCGUUAAAAACUGUGUGAGUUUAUUCGAAAAGUCGUUUACUUUAAGUUAUGAAGCAGAGUCGCCGCUUUUCGGAACUUUAAUGGAUAAUUCAAAUUCCAAAAGUCCAGUAGAAGGCCCAGGUAAAACUCUGUUGGAUUCACUCCAUCAAUUGUUCACGUUUCACAAUGCAGGGAUUUUCAUCGCAGGGGGCAAAUCCCUUGCCGUCAUAAGUCACGGAGACAAAUUUUACCUGUUUGACUCACAUUCUUGCGGUCCCGUCGGGGAACCGACAUUAGACGGUAAGGCUUGUGUCAUUCAAGUUGAAACAUUGUCGGCGCUAGCAAACUGCUGCAAACGAUCUGCAGUUGAUGAAAGACUGACUUAUACUGUCGACCAUGUUGAUGUGACAGUGUGUCGUGAUAGUCCGGCUACAAAAUAGCUGCAUGAAACAUUAGCUCAAAUAGACAUUCAAUUCUAGUGACAUUAAUGAGUAGAUUUUAACCUAGAUCACUAUCAAUAUCAACUGAUUAAUUUGAUUUUAACACGAAAGCCUCCAAAUCAUAUCAUCAGGGUUUACCAACGAUACCAGGAGUAUAAAACCAUCGGGAGGUAAAUACAUUGUUAUCUCUUGAUCACCUAAAACAGUUUUCAUAUAUAUCAAAGUAUUAACGGCUAUUUCAGAAACUAAUGACGUCAUUAUUAAAGAUAAGAAUAUCUUAAUUAUACUAAAGGAUUUAUUUUCCUGUCAUAGUAUUAUACAGUCUAGG